GCCACGUGAUCUUUUCAAAUUACUACUCACUGCAUCAAUUUUACGUUCUAAAAGCUUUCGUUGUGACAAUGAAUCGAGCCAUUACUGAAACAAGCGCCAAUUUAAACGAGGAGGAAUACAGGAACAUGACACCCUCUGAAAGACCUCCUAUAACGGAUAAAUACUUACAAUGUAUCCUGAUUUACAAUGAUGAAAGUGCUUUGAUCGGUGCAAGUAGUAUGACCGACCGCUACUGGAGGGGAACAGUAUGGUUUUGCAAUGCGGUUUCGGAUGUGGAAAGGAGCAAAUCAUUUGUUGCGCUGAAAACAGAAAGUGGCGUCACCGAUGCAGCGUACUUAGGACAGCGAAAUAAAUUCAUCAUCGGAGAGGACAGUGGCUCGGCUCAAAUUGUCGAGUUUGUUAAAGACGUGGAAACUAACUCGCAGGAGUUACGAGUCAUCGAAAGUGUCUGCUUGCACGAUGACACUCUGACUACCAUGUCGGUUUUCUUUGACAAUGCAAAUAUGGUCACCGGAGCUGUGGAUUGUUGUAUUAAGGUGUUAGAUCUAGUGGAGCUGAUACCUUUGCAUACUUAUUACUACGCGCACAAAGAACUUGUCACGUGCGUUAAUGCAAAGCCUAAAAGUACGACAGUUUUUGCAUCUACGUCACUGGAUAACGAAUGUCUGAUGUGGGACGUCAGACAUUAUAAACCAGCACAGAGUAUCUUCGAGAACGACGAUUGCAGUUUAACAUCAGUUGCUUGGGAUCCAUGUGACGAACAUAUUUGUGCCGUCGGAACAUUAGAUGGAAAUAUAAUUUUACUCGACACUCGGAAGCCGAAAGCCUCGUUAGAGCAUCAGUCAGUCUUCCCGAGAGGGAUUCAUAAACUACUCUUUCACCCAGAGAAACCACACCGAUUAGCUGGCUGCUGCGACGAUAGUAUAGUGAAAAUAUGUGAUACUAGCAAAGAAUUAGCCAUCGUGUACAAAGACGACAGGCAUGCAGACUUUGUGCGUGGCUUGGCAUGGCAUAACAAGGAUUUAAUAACAUGCUCUUGGGACGACACCGUGCUUAGACAUGUUUGGGAUUCGUAAAUAACACCUUACGGAGUGUAUAAUUCCGAUGCAUUAAUCUACACCGGCCUGAUAAGAACUUCCCUAGAACUUGUUCGGGAUAAAAUGUGAUAAAGUGCUUUUUCAUCUUCUCGGGACAAACAAUUAGUGGUGUGUCGAUCAUUCAACCUAACACAUAACCUCAAAAUGAUAUCAUUUUGAUACGUGUGUAAAAUUACAUGGAAUAAGUUAAUGUGUGCCAUA